GGCCCCGGGGCCUGAGCGCGCCGACGCCCGCGGCUGAGUCCGGGGGGACCGCGGCCCCGACCCCGAGGGGAUACUCCCCCUCCGCAGCCCCAGCGCUGGGCCACCCCCGCCGCCCGGGUCCCCGCCCCUCGCGGCGGUCGUUGUCCCGAGAACGGCCGCCUCCGGGGGCGCGGCCGCCCCGUCCACAGGAGCUGCCCAGCGCCGGGCGUCCCCGGCCGGCGCUCACGUCCCCGCGGCGCGGGACCCCGUGUGCUCCGCGGACCGGUCACUGCGAGGUGACACGACGCCCCAGCCGGAGCCCCGCGUCGGGCGGGACGCCGAGGGCCGGGGCGCCCGUAGUCCGCAGACGGACCGCGGGGCCACGGCUAGGGCGCGAGGCCGAGAGGCGGUGGCCCGGGGCCGAGCGCGGGGAGGCCGUGCUCGGACGGAGCCUGAAGGAGGGGGCCGGGGCGCGGGCGGCCCCGGGGGAGAGUUCCCGGACGCGCGUCGGAGGCGCGGGGUGCCGAGGGCUCCGGGCGCGGACAGCGGCCAGAAUUAGUCAUCGCGCUUGCGGCUGGCCCCUCCCUGCCGCCCGGCCGGCCGCGGGUCGUGCGUCCGCAGCUCCGCAGACAACCUGGGGCUGUGUGUUCCCGCCGGGCCGGGGAGGUUCCGCUCUGCUCCCUCUGACGGGGACGGAGCGGGGCGUCUUCGCGGGUCUUCGCGGGAGCGGCCUCGCCGCGCGUCCGCUCCGCCCUCUGGCCGCGCCUCCGUCGGGGGCUGGACGGCUCAGCCCCGCCGGCCCCGGGUGCUGAGUGGGAGGCCCAGGCCGGGCUGGGGGUUGCGCGCGGUCCCCGAGCUCCGGCUCCCGCAGGACUGGGUAGGAGCCGUGGCGGCGCGCGCCUCCCGCACCUGCGCCCGCUAACGAGCUCCCGGGUGAACCGCAGGCGAGGCCCCCGGGACUGUGGUGAGAGCGGAGUGGCCGCGGAGAAGGGCGGCCUGCGGGAGUCGGCCGCUGCGGUCAGCCUCUCUCCCUCUGUUGGCUUUUUGCUUUCAGCGCUUUCAGCUUUCUCCGGGCGCCGCCGAGACUUCCUCGCCCGCGCUGUGCUGGACCCGGCUUCCGUGGACCGACUGCGCGGACCCAGACCUGCCUGGAGGAAAAGGUAUAUUUGCAAGUUCCAGUUUGAGGAAGAUUGUGUUUUCUGGGAGGGUUACAGAGUAAAUGCCGCAUGAAAACCACUUUCAUCUGUCAUGGAGAAACGAGAGACAUUCGUCCGAGCUGUGUCCAAGGAGCUGAUUGGAGAAUUUUUGCAGUUUGUUCAACUUGAUAAAGAUGCUUCUGACCCUUUCAGCCUAAAUGAAUUACUAGAUGAAUUAUCAAGGAAACAGAAGGAAGAGCUAUGGCAGAGGCUCAAGAAUUUGUUAACAGAUGUGUUGUUAGAAAGCCCAGUGGCUGGGUGGCAGACGGUGGAAGUCCAGGGUGAAGACGAGAUGGAAACAGAGCAUGAUUCAAAAAUGAAAAAAAACAUAGAAAUAAUUCAUGCAGUUACAUCUGUGGUUCUUGCUUCUGUACCCGUAAUAAAUGAGAGUGAGAACUAUGAAGACUUACUGGAAUGUGCGGUUAUGCUGAAUGGUAUUUUAUAUGCAUUACCUGAAUCUGAAAGAAAGCUGCAGAGUUCCAUUCAGGAUUUAUGUGUCAUAUGGUGGGAGAAAGGCCUGCCUGCCAAGGAAGAUAUGGGAAAGACUGCUUUUAUCAUGCUAUUAAGGAAGAGUCUAGAGACUAAAACAGGUGCAGACAUAUGUCGGCUCUGGCGUAUUCACCAGGCGUUAUAUUGCUUUGAUUAUGACUUAGAGGAAAGUAAAGACAUUAAAGAUAUGCUACUUGAGUGUUUCAUGAGUGUGAAAUACAUCAGGAAAGAAGAGGGAAGAAGAUUUCUUAGUUCUCUCUUCAGUUGGAAUAUAAAUUUUAUUAAAAUGAUCCAUGAGACCAUUAAAAACCAGUUACAGGGAUUACAAAAAUCUUUGAUGGUACACAUCGCAGAAGUUUAUUUCAGAGCUUGGAAAAAGGCCUCAGGGAAAGUAUUGGAGACCAUCGAGAACGGCUGCAUCCAGGACUUCAUGCACCACGGUGUCCACCUUCCGCGCCGGUCUCCGGUGCACUCCCGGGUGCGCGAGGUGCUGAGUUAUUUUCAUCAUCAAAAGAAAGUUCGUCAGGGAGUGGAAGAGAUGCUUUACAGGUUAUACAAACCCAUCCUCUGGAGAGGACUAAAGGCCCGAAACUCUGAAGUCCGGGCGAAUGCUGCCCUGUUGUUCAUUGAAGCAUUUCCUGUUAGAGAUCCAAAUUUCAGUGCUGUCGAAAUGGACAGUGAAAUUCAGAAGCAGUUUGAAGAGCUCUAUAGCCUGUUAGAAGAUCCUUAUCCAAUGGUCCGUUCUACGGGGAUCCUUGGUGUUUGUAAAAUAACUUCCAAAUACUGGGAAAUGAUGCCUCCUACCAUUCUUAUUGAUCUCCUCAAGAAAGUAACUGGGGAACUGGCCUUUGACACGAGCUCAGCUGACGUGCGCUGUUCUGUCUUUAAGUGUCUGCCAAUAAUUUUGGAUAACAAAUUAAGCCACCCGUUACUAGAGCAGCUUCUGCCAGCGCUGAAAUACAGUCUCCACGACAACUCGGAGAAAGUGAGAGUGGCUUUUGUUGACAUGCUGCUGAAAGUCAAGGCCGUGCGGGCUGCUAAGUUUUGGAAAAUCUGCCCCAUGGAGCACAUUUUGGUGCGUCUGGAGUCCGAUUCCCGGCCCGUGUCCCAGCGCCUGGCGCGCCUCAUCUUCAACUCCUUCCUGCCCGUGAACCAGCCCGAGGAGGUGUGGUGUGAGCGCUGCGUCGCGCUGCUGCAGAUGAACCACGCGGCCGCCAGGAGGUUCUACCAGCACGCCCACGAGCACACCGCCUGCACGAACAUAGCGAAACUGAUUCACGUGAUUCGCCAUUGCUUAAACGCCUGCAUCCGGAGGGCUGUGCGCGAGGGCCACGAGGGCCAUGAGGAGAGGGAGAAGGAGAACGUUCUGGACAAAACACUGUCUGUGAGUGACGUCACAUCUAUGGCGGGUUUGUUAGAGAUCGUCGUGAUUCUCUGGAAGAGUAUUCACAGAAGUAUGGAGAAUAAUAAGGAGGCCAGAGUCUACACCAUUAACAAGUUCGCUUCCGUGCUCCCUGAGUACCUGAAAGUCUUCACGGAUGACCGCUGCAAGGUCCCUUUGUUCAUGCUCAUGUCCUUUAUGCCAGCCUCUGCUGUGCCCGCAUUCAGUUGUGGUGUGAUUUCCACAUUAAGGAACCAAGAGGAAGGAGAAGCAGACAAGCGCUAUAGUACUUUGCUGGACUGUCUCUGCUCCUGGGGACACGUGGGACACAUUCUGGAACUCAUCUGUGACUGGCUGCCAGAAGAACAGCCCCAGAGCAAGAGUAAGUCAGCAUCUAAACGGAAAGUGCAAAUCCAUGACACACGCCCGGUAAAACCGGAGCUGGCCCUGGUUUACCUAGAGUAUUUGCUGACGCACCCGAAGAAUCGGCAGUGCCUGCUCUCUGCUCCCCAGAAGAAGCUCAGCCACCUUCUGAGAGCGCUCGAACUGUCCAAGGCGGAUCUGGAAUCCAUUUUACAGUUGCCGGGCGGGAAGCCUCCCAACUUCAGCGAAGCGGUGGCCCUGCGGGCCUUCAGCCUGCACUGCCGGCUCAGCAUUCACCUGCAGCACCAGUUCUGCUCGGAAGGGAAGGUUUACCUGUCCAUUUUGGAAGACACUGGGUUUUGGUUAGAAAACAAAGUUCUGUCUUUUAUCCAAGAUCAAGAAGAAGAAUAUCUCAAGCUUCACAGGGUCGUUUAUCAGCAGAUCAUCCAGACCUACCUGACAGUCUGUAAGGACGUCGUGAUGGUUGGCCUUGGCGAUGAUAAGUUUCAGAUACAGCUUCUACAGUGGAGCCUCCGAGUCAUGCAAACAGUGAAGGGCUUCUUUUACGUGUCAUUACUUCUGGGCAUUCUGAAAGAGGUAACCGGAAGUUCCUUGAUGCAGAGACCAGACUCAGACGAAGAGGUUGCAACGCUGUUUGAUAUGGUCCAGAAAGUAUUUCAGAAACUGCUGGAAUGUAUGGCCCGGAGCUUCAGGAAGCAGCCAGAAGAAGGCCUGCGGCUUCUGUAUUCCGUCCAGAGUUCUCUCCACGAACUGCUAAUGACGGUUCAGUCUUGGCACCUAGACACGCCCGUGCACCGGGGCGUGCUCUCCACUGUCAUCGCUGCGUCUGUGGUGGAGAUCGGUCACCAGCUACGGAAGGGCUCUAAUACAGAAGAGCUCCCUCCCCCUGAGGUUCUUACAGACCUCCCACCGUUUUCAAGGUGUUUAGUAGGAAUAAUAAUGAAGUCUCCGGAUGUGACCAGGUCAUUUUUAGAUGAACUGAAGGCGUGUGUUACAUCUGAUGAUAUCGAAGGCAUUGUAUGUCUCACAGCUGUUACGCAUAUUAUUUUGGUUAUUAACAAAGGCAAACAGAGGAGCUCCAAAGUGAAGGAAGUCGCGGCCAGCGUUCACAGAAAACUGAAGACGUUCAUGGAGAUCACCCUGGACGAGGACAGCACAGAGAGGUUUCUCUAUGAAUCAUGUUCGAGGACUCUGGGGGCACUUCUGAAUUCAUAACCAGGCCAGCAUCUUCGGUCAUGUGAAAACAGGAAAAGGACUCAGUGAAAGUGAAAUGAAUGUGUAUUUUCCUAGUGUUUUUAAUGUUAAUAACCGGUGUCAUAGGGGUGGGGUUUAUUUGGGGAGUUACAAGUAGGAAACUCAAAGGUUCUUAACCUUUUGCCUGGUUCCUGCAUAAAUACUAUAUUUAAUGUAAAAGACUCUGGGUAUCAGUGGUGCAAAGGAAAAAAAGACACUUUUCUAGCAAACGUGGUUGUUUUAAAAAUGACUUUAUAUAUAUGUAUGUAUUUGUAUAAAAAUGUUGCUUAAACUCUGAGUAAUAAAAGUGAUGACGACA